AUGGAUGAUGAUAUUCAACAACGUGUGGACUGUGUACAAACCGAGCGUGAUGCGUUUGAACUAUUCCGCGAAUAUCCUCAUUCCUUCCCCACCUACGACCCCGAGAACCUAAGUUACUUCGACAACCUCUGUGAUGCUCCAACCUUCGGUCACGUUGAUGGAGAUUUCGAACAUGAACGUCCAUGGUGGGCAGGCUUUGGCUCAUCAUUGGAGGCCGUCCAUCGGGAUUACUUUGCACCCUUUCUUAACGCUACAACCUUUCGACUCAUGAACUGGUUCUACAACGCAUCUCUGCAGAAAUCAAUCGAGGAUCUUAGGCGUCUUGUUGACAACGUGAUGUUGGCAGAAGACUUUGACCGAGAAGAUUUACGUGACUUUAACCCUGCGCGUGAAGCGAAGCGCCUAGACAAUGCUGAAAAUGACCCGUCCUCCACUAUCUUUUCAUCUGAUGGAUGGCAUGAAGCCUCCGUCAACAUUCGGUUGCCUUGCGAGAAGGAAAGGUUUGACUCGGAAGAUGAUGCACCCAUGUUCGAGGUCGAGGGCCUGUAUUAUCGGAAGCCUCUGGAGGUUCUCAAAGCCGCAUUCAUGGAGGAAGGUGCAAAAAGCUUUCAUACGAGCCCUUACAAGAUUUCUGGCAACCUGACGAGGAUAAACCACCGGAACAUAUCAUUACGGAACUUUAUACAUCUGACGCAAUGCUCGAAGAACAUCAGAGGAUACGUUCGCAGACUCGUGAGCCUGGGUGUCAUCUUGAAACGGUCGUUGCGGCGAUCAUGCUAUGGUCCGACUCCACGCACCUCGCCAGUUUCGGUAAUGCGGCGCUAUGGCCAAUCUAUUUGUUUAUUGGUAACCAGUCAAAAUACAUUCGAUCGAAGCCGACAUCCUUCGCAGCUCACCAUCUUGCAUAUAUUCCAAAGGUAUGUCGAUUGUACAGAAAAUUUCGCUUGCCAGUGCUAA